GAGAGUCAUGUGAUACCAAGAUGGCGGUGCCGCGGUAGCUUCUCUGGGACAGUACCGUCCUAGGAUCCGCGACAGUUUCUGCUCUUAGGUCGUGCAGCGGCUCAUUCGACUGAUUCUGCGGUAGCCCGUGGCGAGAAUUAAUGACCUGACCAGAACUGGGGCUAUUGAUGUCGCCGGUAGGUUCCAGGGAGUGCUGGUGACCUCGGUUCAGAAACCUUGCGCCGGCCGGGGUAAACGCUGGAGAAUGGCCAGCCUCCGUCAUCCGGACCUGCAGCUUUGGAGUUUAUGAGGCUUCCUAGGACAUCACAGGUUCCAAACCUCGAGAGUCUGCGGGAAUUCGAGAUCUUCGUUGUGUGAGAGGGCAGUUUAGGAUCCCCGGAAGUGCAUAGAAGGCCGCAAGAACUUCGCUUUCUCAUCCAGAGGCCUGACUCCCCCGUCGACUAACCCUGCACUAUUUUCAUUUCCUCUCAAUGUGCUCUCCAUAUUUCAGGAAAUAUGAUCAGCGCCCCUGAUGUGGUGGCCUUCACCAAGGAAGAUGAAUACGAGGAAGAACCUUACAAUGAGCCCGCUUUGCCUGAGGAGUACUCAGUUCCUCUGUUUCCUUACGCCAGCCAGGGGGCUAAUCCCUGGUCUAAACUGUCUGGGGCCAAGUUCUCCAGGGACUUCAUCCUUAUUUCCGAGUUCUCUGAGCAGGUGGGACCCCAGCCCUUGCUCACCAUCCCCAAUGACACCAAAGUUUUUGGCACUUUUGAUCUCAAUUACUUCUCCUUGCGGAUCAUGUCAGUGGAUUACCAGGCUUCAUUCGUAGGCCAUCCUCCUGGUUCUGCCUACCCCAAGUUGAACUUUGUGGAGGACUCUAAAGUGGUACUGGGAGACUCCAAGGAAGGGGCCUUUGCAUAUGUGCACCACCUUACCUUGUAUGACCUGGAAGCCAGGGGCUUUGUGAGGCCCUUUUGUAUGGCUUAUAUCUCUGCAGACCAGCAUAAAAUCAUGCAGCAAUUCCAAGAGCUCUCAUCUGAAUUUUCCAAAGCAUCUGAAUGCUUGAAGAUGGGGAACAGGAAGGCAUUCGCUGGGGAACUUGAGAAAAAGCUAAAAGACUUGGAUUACACAAGGACAGUGCUACACACAGAAACUGAGAUCCAGAAGAAAGCCAAUGACAAGGGUUUUUAUUCUUCUCAGGCAAUCGAGAAAGCCAAUGAAUUGGCCAAUGUGGAGAAGUCCAUCAUUGAACAUCAAGAUUUACUGAGGCAGAUCCGCUCAUACCCUCGUCGGAAGAUGAAGAUACCUGAUUUGCAUCCUGGUGAUACAGAGCAUACCCAGGAUCAUGCUGACCAGGUAUCCACUACCUCUAAUCCUGAGGAGUCAGCUAAUGCAGACCUUUAUACCUGCAGGCCAGCUUACACCCCCAAACUCAUCAAAGCAAAAUCCACCAAGUGUUUUGACAAGAAGUUGAAGACCUUGGAGGAGCUCUGUGACACUGAGUAUUUCACUCAGACCCUGGCCCAGCUUAGCCACAUUGAACACAUGUUCAGAGGAGACCUGUGCUACCUCCUGACCAGUCAGAUUGACAGAGCACUUCGAAAACAACAGCCCAUAACAAAUUUCCUCUUUGAAGAUUUUGUAGAGGUUGAUGACAGGAUGGAGAAGCAAGAGAAUGUGCCCUCUCAGCCCAGUCAGGAGAGCCUGCCUUCCAAGCCUGCAGAAGAAUGCCCCAUUCCUAAAGUGUUAAUUAGUGUUGGCUCUUACAAGUCCAGUGUGGAGUCUGUAUUGAUCAAGAUGGAGCAGGAACUUGGAGAUGAAGAGUACAAGGGAGUGGAGGCAACAGAGUCAAGCAGUUUUGACCCCCAAGAAAACCUGGACUACCUGGAUAUGGAUAUGAAAGGGAGCAUCAGUAGUGGGGAAAGCAUUGAGGUUCUGGGCACCGAGAAGUCAGCUUCUGUGUUGUCGAAAUCUGACAGUCAGGCCAGCCUCACCGUGCCAUUGAGCCCCCAUGUAGUCCGUAGCAAAGCAGUCAGCCACAGGACAAUCAGUGAGGAUAGCAUUGAAGUCUUAAGCACCUGCCCUUCUGAGGCCCUCAUUCCUGACGACUUUAAGGCCAGCUACCCAAGUGCCAUUAAUGAAGAAGAAGCCUAUGCAGAUAAUGAGGGGGCCAUCCAUUUCCGGGCAAGUGCCAGCUCACCAGAACUGGAUGAGACUCAGGAGGGCAACUUGGAAAAUAUCCCAUCCCAAAUAGACUCCAGCUGCUGUAUUGGAAAGGAGAGUGAAGGGCAAUUGUUGCCUCUCCCAACCCCAGCCUACACUCUUUCUGAUGAGGAUGGUGUGGUGAGCAUUCCCCCACAGCACUACAUACAGAAGGACCAGGGGCUCCAUGUGGACUUCGGGAUGGAAAACACAGACCCUUCUCCCCGAGAUAACAGUUGUGAAAUGUUCCCAGCUUAUGAGCUGGAUCCAAGCUGCCUUCUGGCUAGCCGAGAUGUUAGUAAGAUGAGCCUGGAUAACUACUCGGAUACCGCUAGCUACAUGGGCAGUAUGGCCUCCACCAGCUCAGACAGAACCCCCUCUGCACCUCCUGCCGGCCUAUCCUCUGAGAGGCACAAAAAGAGGGCUGGUCAGAAUGCCUUAAAAUUCAUCCGCCAGUACCCUUUUGCCCACCCAGCCAUCUACUCUCUGCUCAGUGGGAGGACACUUGUGGUCCUAGGCGAAGAUGAAACCAUAGUCAGGAAGCUGGUAACUGCACUGUCCAUCUUUGUUCCCAACUAUGGCUGCUAUGCCAAGCCGGUGAAGCACUGGAUUUCCUCCCCUUUGCAUAUUAUGGAUUUUCAGAAGUGGAAGCUUAUUGGCCUACAAAGAGUGUCCUCUCCUGCCAAUGUGGGUACCCUCCAUACCCUGAGUCGUUAUAGCCGCUAUACAAGCAUCUUGGACCUGGACAGCAAGACCCUACGCUGUCCCCUGUACAGGGGUACACUGGUGCCCCGCCUGGCUGACCAUCGCACUCAGAUCAAGCGGGGCAGCACAUACUACCUUCAUGUCCAGAGCAUGCUCACCCAGCUCUGCUCCAAGGCAUUCCUCUAUACCUUUUGUCACCACUUGCAUCUGCCUGCCCACAGUGAGGAAACACAAGAAGCAGUGGCCAGCAGACAAACCAGCUUCCUAAAACUAAACCUGGGACUAGUGAAUGAGGACAUCAGAGUGGUGCAGUACCUGGCUGAGCUGUUGAAAUUGCACUAUAUGCAGGAGUCACCUGGGACCACCCACCCACUGCUCAGGUUUGACUAUGUCCCCAGCUUUUUGUACAAAAUCUAAGGGUUCCAGCCACUGUGACCAAGACUUGUGACAGAGUAUGGGAAGGGAGAAGGGUUGGUGUGACUAAAUGGUUACCUGAGCUGGAGUGUUGAGCCUUCUGGUGUCAGUGGGAAGGAAACAGGUGGCAGUUAUAGUUCCAACAUAGCCCUGGGCAGUGUGUGAAGUGGGCUGAGCAGAGGUAGCACCUGGCCCUCAGAGGUAGCUACAAAAACAGUAGCGGCUGCUCUUGGUUCGUUAGGGAAGUAGCUCCCAAAUAAGGGGGUGUCCUUAAUUUUCAAAGGAUCAGCAGACUGAGCAGGAAGAGAAACCUCCAGACUCUGUGGGACUCAAAAAGAUGAGGCUAAGUAGCCAAAGCCCAAAUAACAUCUGAGUGGCACAAUCAGCCCAGGAACUGUGAAGAUGUGGUAGGACGCAGGACAGCCAUUGCCUCCAUCUACCUCUACCAAGGCCCGUUACUUGGCUUCCUGGAGCCCAGUAACUGAGGGGGAGCUCCUGAACAAGGACAUGAAGGAACAGUGCUCUGGUCGGUUGGAGAGACACAUCUGGGCUAUGAGGGUUGCAGACCACAAACAGCCUCUGUCCUGUCUUUGCUCUAUCAAGGAAGUGUUCAUCAAAUCCCUGGAGUCAUUGUGACAGUGGUCACUAGCCCUGGAUGUGAACCAGAUGCCAAAUGGCUACAGCCAGUUUGAGAAGUACCUUGGGAGCUGUAGAUGAAGCAGACCAUAAGGCCAUCACCACUGUGCUUGGCAGGAUCUGCCCACUGGCUCCUCUCAGCCAGAACAUUAACUCUGACUUCCCCUGGAAGAUUUGCAGACACUUACCUCCUGAGGGCUUGUGGGCUUGAUGACAACUAAGUUCUGGCUGGCUAGCUGGUGUACUGACUGAAACAUAGCAGCAAGGAUGUCCUGUACUAGCUCCUGGGUGGCUAUCUUUGUAGACACAUCUGGGAGGCAGUGUACACAAUCAUCCCCAUGUUGUUCCUUUCCCUUUGAAGGCACUUUGCACCUGGGAGGAAGGCACCUUUUAGUCCCCACCUGAUCCCCUGGUGGCCAUCAUCAUGACCUCCCGGGAUUCCUGUUGCAGCUCCUCUUGUGUGCAUGGAAUGCUUCUCACAAUCUUGAAAAUCUUUUCUCCCUAAAUAGGAGAAGCUCUGGUUGUUACUGCUGCUUUUAAAUUUGCUCCAAAAAGCUACAGUAAAUUGGACCUGGAUCAGCAGCCUGAUAUAUGCAUCAGUUAGAUGCUGUGUCCCCGUCCUCAGGUCACACUGUGUCAGCAGGUCACACUACUGAGGUCUCAAAGGAACCUGUGGAAGCCAAGUAACUAGAUGGCUUGCAGCAUGUCACUCUUGUGUCACAUUCCUUGCCUAGGUCUUUGACACAAAGUUGCAGUCUGUUGAUGCUGGUCAAUGACUUCAGGUCAUGGUCCCUUUUUCAUGUUAGAGGGUAUGUGAUUUUGUUUCUGAGCCUGUGACAGAACCAGAAAGGUGGCACUGUCUCCACUAGUUUGUACCUGUUACAUGCAUUACAGAUACCUUGGUGGCUGUAGUUUCUCCUCAUGGGCCCCUCAUCUGCUAUUGCUUCUUAGUGUUUGUUGGCUAAGUGCCAUUUUCUCAGGCCUCCAAUGAAAGAGUGCUAGAGUUCAAGAGCCAGGCUGGGAGGCGGUCAGUUGCUGGUACCACUGCCUAACAUGGGGGACUCUAAAGGUGAAUACUGUGCCCGUGCCGAGAAAGGCAGCAGCCAUACUUGGCCUUCUGGAUACUGAAAGCACAUACACUUCAGUGGUCUAAAGUAGGGGUAAACAUGCAAGUAUCUCCUUGGCAUUCAGCCACAGGGUGGCUCAGAAUACAAGACUGGUGGGAGUGGGCAGAACAGUUCUGUGUGGCAGCCAUGGAGACGAACAGGCGCCUCUCUUGAGUGGUUCCUCACAAAACUGACAAGGGUUAAACUCCGUUUGUGGUUUUAUUUGUUUGUUUUUGAAAUGGGAUCUCAUAUAACCCAAGCUAGGUUCAAAUUUAGUAUGUAGCCAAGCAUAACUCUGAACUCUUGAUCCUUCUGCCUUGACAUCCCAACUGCUGGAAUUACAGGUGUUUGCCACCAGAACCAGUGUCUAGGUUUAGACUUGGGAUGUAAAACUUUGUUGGCUGAUUUAAAAGGAUUAAUUAAUGCUGAAAUCAUGCUUCCUCUCAGAGUAUCACUCCUUGGAGCUGAGUUUCGAUAGAGGCAGUUAAUGCUCUGUUCCUUUGCUUUAGAGGACUGGAAUCUUCUAAAAGGUAGUAUGUGUACACCUUGAUGUUAUGGAGACUUAUGCAACAGGACUCAACUCCUCAAGUGUCCGGUUGGUCAUGGGCACAGUGACACACACCUUUAAUCCCAGCACUUAAGAGAAGAGGCAGGUAGAAGAUGCCUGCAACCUUGAGGCCACCCUGAUCUGCAUGAUGAACUUCAGGCCAACCAAGGCUAUGAUACUGUCUCAAAAAACAAGUUUCUAUUUGAAGUGUUUCUCAAGUACUAGGCUAGUAAAGCUUCUGAUCCCCCCUACAUGCUGAGAUUGCAUGCCUGUCAUAAGUUUUACAAAUUGAAUCCAGGGCUUCAUACAUACUAGGCAGACACUAUACCAACUGAGCUACAUCCCUAGUGUGGCUAACUUAAUAAAAUGCACUAUUAAAGACACCUCACAGGCAACGGAGCUACUCACUACUUCUUUAUUCCUAUUUUGAGCCCUGGCACUAAAACUGAUAAGUUGCUUGUUUCAACUUGACUGCCAAGCAAUUGCUACUGCAGUAGCUAAAGUUGCUCUUCAACUUGGAACUGGACUGUAGUUGGGACCUGAUCAGGUACAAUAUUUAAAAUAUAAACAGUUUCAACUUCAUCUAAAUUAGUUCCUGUUUCAUAAUCCUAGGAAGACCAGGAGGCCUCCCUUCUCCUUUGCCAAGUAUUAAAGCCAGCAGUUGAGCUCUGUGGUCCUGGAGGCAUAGCUUCUAGAAUAUCUUGUAUGCGUCUUGGCCACCCGUCUGCUAUGUUAAGUCCAUGCCAUUCCCCCAGCCUGGAUGUUGUAUAUUGGACCAGUGUGUCACCACCAUGGUUCAUCUCUCAGCGAUGGAUGAUGCAUCAGGUAUGCAAGGCCUUUGGAGGAACCAAAUCCUCACAGCAGUGAGGCCAUCCAAGCUACUUUUUACUUCCCUAGAAAGCUCCUAAGAAAGUGCCUUGGCUUGUACUUUGAAACAAGCCAGCUUUCUGGCUUCACUCUAAUACUGUGAUCAAACUGUAAUCUUUAAGGGAGGCAUACUCACUCUUAUGCUGCAGAAAGGAGAGGGAAUUUGUUUUCUUUUCCUCAGAAAGCAAAGCUUCCUUUGAGUUUAACAUACUGUUUCUCUGAGCCCUUGGCCCACUAAGAUCUGAUUCUGUUAAAGCUUUGGGAAGGAAGGAGGAGGAGGGAUAGAGAUGUAGCAAUGAAAAAAAGAGCAUCCCACAGGGCCCUAACUGGGGCCAGCUGUCUUCAGCUAGGCAGGAAGCACAGGGGCCCCACAGAGUUGAGGGAACCAAUAUCCCACCACACCACAUGCAAACUGACACCACAGUCUUCUCUUGUGGCGACAGUACCAACAGUGGACCAGCUCUCAGGGAGCUUUGGCCAGACUAUCUUAUGCCGGACAGCUGGAGCUGCAGGCUGGACAGAGGACACAGCAGUUGCAGUAAACGACAUACUCUGUAAGGAACUUGUUUUCUAAGAAGCUAUUUUAUUACUGCAUGUUCAUACUGUCUAUAAAUGUGUCCCAACCCUGCUUCAGUCACAGUACUGGAACCAGAGCACUGCGGAUGUGAUCAUGUCCCACAGGCAUCAUGCACAAAAGCUUAGAGUAAAUGCCAAAUAAAUAGUAUGAGGAGUGUACUUUUUAAGAUAUUAAUUUAUUUGAGUUCAGAUAUUUUUAAAAUAUAAAAACUGGUUGUAUUUUUUAAAGAUAUAAUUCUUGUAGACAUUCUGUGAGUAAAAAUUUGAUUGUCCAUAUUAAAAAGUUACUGAUGGUUUGCAAUUCAGUGAUGUAAAAAUAAAGACUCUUUCAGAAGGUA